GGGUGACGUUUAAACUCUGCGACCCAAUGUCCACGUCACCUCGAAGGGACGUGUGUUUUGGUUUGCUGGAGUGACUUGUCUCCGACAACUCUUCCUUUUACUUACAGCCGACCGACGCUGUUUAUGAGCAAAAAUGUCAACCGCAGAGGAUUUCACACGGCUGCCGCUCCGAAUGUGGGAGAAGGUGUUCGCGAAAGUGAAGAAAGCCGUGGUUUUUAUGGACGACAGGAGUGCAGAGGCUCUCCACUGGAGUGGAGGGGCUGCAGCCUUGCUGCAAGCGGGAGCCAGGAACGUGAAGCAGUUUUCGAGCUUCGAAGCGUGCGGUGAGAACGAGCCUAAAGCCGUGUUCGUGGUGAGCACUUUGUUAAAGGGGAGGACGGUGGACAUCAUAAAGGACAUCAUAACCCUCAGUCACUUCCAGUACUGCGUCGUCUUCACCGCUGUCCCCCACUGCGUGCACCUGUUCGCCAACAACGUGUCCGCGGAAAUGGAGGGCUUCCCCGUGUUUGAGCAGUUCGAGGAGAAGCUCUGCGAGUGGAUGGGGAACAUGAACUACACGGCGGAGGUCAUGCACUCUCCUGUGGUCUUCGCCGCCGUGUCGCAGCAGCUGGUCGUGGCGUCGCCGUUUGCUCACCUGUUUCCCCUGCUCCCAGCAGACCUGGAGAGCAUCAACGCAAAGCGACGGGAGAAGAAGAAGUUUGGUACUUUGAGCGACCUGGAUGGGCAUUCGCUUCCGGUGGAGCUGCAGAUUGAAAUUAAAAGCUUGGUUUCGGCGUUAAACUCCAUGUUUGAGGCUGCGGGGAUAAGGGAAGAGAGUUUUGCCGUGGGGCCAAUGAGCCGCAUCAUCGCAGGGGAACUGGCCAAUCACAAUCAAGCGAAAAACCGAAGAAAGACUGCUCCUAAUAAAGCAUCGAUCAUCUUUAUGGACCGAACAAUGGAUCUUACAGGGGCUGUCGGCCAUCACGGUGACAACCUGGUUGAAAAGAUUCUUACCGUGCUUGACCCUUUGCCUGGUCACGUGACGGAUGUGCAAGUGGACAUGUUGGAACUCACAAGCGUACAAAGAACUCCUCACUCCCGGAACACCGUGGCCCCUGGCUGUCUUGCUCAAACCCAGGCGUCCUCUGCGAGAUUGCUGUGGGAGACGAUGCUCACCAGUAAACACAAAGAGGCUUUGAUGGAAGUCCGACGCCACCUGGUGGAGGCGGCCACCAAGGAGAAGCUGCCAAUCAAGAUGAGUAUGGGUCGCGUGACCCCCGAUCAGCUGUGUUCCUAUGUGAAGUUGUUCCGGAGCAGCUGGGAGGCGCUAGAGAGUCACUGCGGGGUGCUUCAGCUGGGUUUGGCCACGGCCCAGACGCUCCGACACCCCAGGUUGGCCCGCUGGGAUUCCUGUCUGGCUUUCGAAAGGCUGCUGCUGCAGGCUCUUGGAGACAGCGACUUCCCGGCCGUGCUGAGGCAGCUGCUGCCCUUAAUGAAGCCCCGCGGAGGCGAGGACAGCCCAUCGUCAGGGUCGAGGCUCGGGCAGGACGAGUGCGGGCCGGACGAGCUGAUCCUCCUCCUGAUCUAUCUGUACACGCUGGCUGAGGAGGCGCAGCACUCCGCGGACGGCGGGGAGGAGGAGCUGGAGAAGCUGGAGCGCGAGCUGAUAGGAGCGCUCACGCUGGUCAUCACCCGGGAGACGGAGCUCAGCCCGCUGCUCCAAAGCCUCACCGGUUGUGCAGCCGCAGAGGAACUGACCACAGAAAGAGCCCAUUCUGCAGUGGGGAAGAUGUUUGAGACCCUCCGAGGUUUGGGCCGCACGAGAGACCACCUCAAGCAGCUGCACUCCGUCUAUACUGCAAGUGAUGGAGUCCACCAGGCCUCAUACCGCCCGUUCCUGCGACAAAUCCUGGAGGAAGUUUUCCACCCCGACCGACCCGAAUGCCCCGACAUCGAACACAUGUCAGGAGGGCUCACGGACCUGCUGAAGACCGGGUUCAGCAUGUUUAUGAAGGUGAGCCGUCCACGUCCCAGAGACAACCCUCUGCUCUUCCUCUUCCUGGUCGGUGGGGUCACGCCGUCGGAGCUCCGCCUCGUCAAGGACACGGUCGCCGCUCUCAAACCAGGGGCGCAGGUACUGGUUCUCUCCACCCGCUUACUAAGGCCGGCGGAUAUCCCCGAGCUGCUCUUCAGCACCGACAGACUGCGGCCGGAUAUCGGCUUCUGAAAGGCCGGCGUGAGGAACGAACCCCACCGGCGUACGUUUGGACAAUCAGGUGUCGAGCUCAAGUAGUUCGAUUGUAUACAAAUUCUGAGGGAUUAAAAAAAAAAAAAACACAUUCCUGCUCUGUAGCAAUCUGACUCAAACGCAUCAGCAUAUUAAAUCUGACAAUAAAGACGUUUGCCUUCCAGACAGCCACAAAAUGUUGUGCUGCGUUUUGGUUCACAUGCAUUCAAAUAAAACCUCAGACGUUUGUGGUGUGUUCAUCAUGAAGGUGGGAAAAGCGACGCUGUGCCGCGGCUGGGGGAACAGGAACUCCGUCAGCAUCAUCGCCUCGUCACGUCAUGACACAAAAAAAAACAAAAGCACAACAAAUCACUCGACACUGAUGUUUGCUCACACCUACGCUGCAGAUUCUCUUGACUGGUUUCAUUCUCUCCGGCAUGGCCGACCUCGGCUGAAGCUCAGUCGUCUCAUCCACCUGCACAUAACAAGAGGCGGAGGCUCUCUGGUUCACUCAGGUACUUUUCAACAGAUUCGGACAAGAAUUUUCUGAUUAACCAUCUGAAGGGAGAAGUCAAGGUUGUUUCUGUGAAAAGUGUUGUGGAAAAAAAAAUCAUCUUUGCUCCUUCAUUUAGUUUAAAGCCGCACUCUAAAGGAUUAACUAGGGUUUAUAAUCCAUUUAUUAAAUGUCUUUAGGUCUGUUUUUCAUGCAUUAUUGUAAAUCCAUUAAAAAGAAGCAAAAUGUAUAAAAGACAACAGGAGACUUUUGUAUGGAAAAUACCUCAAAUGAUUAAAGUUUUAACUUUAUCAGAGUCAAACAAAACAAAAACCUGUGACAAUUUUUUGUGAAAUAUGGCUCAAAUUUUAGCUCAGGCUGCAUUUUUUUUAUUUUUUUAAAUUUUACGCCGCUUUUUGCUGCACUCUGGUUAGACUCUGUAUCCCUGGAUUUUGGCCGUUUCUCCUCAUCCUUUUAGCUCGUAGCUGUGCGUUAAAUAAUGGCAUUCCUUCUUAGUCAUGCCUCUCACAAAAUCUCUAAGUUUUGAUAUUAAAGAGUGAAAUCAACACAUAAAAAUGUCCUGUUUGAAGUUGAUCUGUGACAGUAAAGCGGGCACAUCUAAAGGUAAAAGAAGGCAUUAAAAUGUGCAGGAGAAGCCAAAGUUUAAUUGGGUGUAUAUAUAUAUGGGAUACCUCCAUUUUUAUUUAUUUAUACAGAGUACUUAAGUGGUCUGGCACUGCAGCCACAUCAAGAUGGAGUCAUGGCUGUGUUGUCUUCAUGUGAUUCAUAGCUGCAAAGGCCUUUCAGAAGAGCUGCUCCAUUCAUAUUCAUGAGCCAGACAAGCUUUUUU